AUGAAUAAAUUUUUAAAAUUACCUGUUCACGUCUUGUUUCUUUUUUUUUCAAAAGUCCUUGACCAAUGUUUUAUAAUCAUGAUUGGUGCAAAGAACAUACAAACAACUCUAUUCUCAAGUUGGAGCAAGUCAUGUCAAUACUAUUAUUAUUCAACAAAGAAUCGACCAACAACAACAACAUUCGACAAACAACCUCUGUCAUCCAUUCAACUAAAAAAACAAGUUGGUAUUGUACAUGAGUCUAUCUAUUUCUUAAAGAAGAAAAAAGAAGAAGAGAUAUAUUCACCAUCCUCAGCUGCCACCACCAUAGUUAAAUCAAAGAAACCAGCAAACAAUAAGAAAAUUAGUACAACAAAAGAGACAAUAACAAUCGAACCAAAAUGGAAAACAAAGAAAUGGUUUGCAUUAGAUGAAGAUGACACAGAAUUUACCAACAACCAACAGCAACUACAACAACAAGGUGACCAAUAUAUAGAAGAAUAUGAAAAUGAUCAAGAAGGAGAGGAAGAAGAAGAAGUAACAAGCCAAAUUCUCGAGGAACCAGUAAAAGGAGAAGAGAUGAUAUCAAAUGUAUGGAUAGGAACAGAAUUUGAAAAGUUGGUUAUAGAACAAUUAUCACAAUUUGGAUUCAAGUUGAAUAGGGUAGGAGGAGCAGGAGACAAAGGAAUCGAUUUAAAUGGUGUUUGGGAGUUUGGUGAAACAACUUUCAACGUAAUUGUACAGUGUAAAAAAUUAAAGAAAAAGGUUGGUCCAUCAGUGCUUCGAGAAAUGGAGUCUACACUCUCAAGAUUCAUAGAAAAGUCUGGUACUACUGGAAACAAGUCGAUUGGAUUAAUAGCAAGUUACUCUCAAUUUACAGAUAAUGUUCAAAUGGAGAUUGAUUCAUUUCAACCACCAAUCAUUAUUUGUCAAAUCUAUGAACAAGGUUUAUUAUCAUUUAUGAUGAAUAGAUCUGCUCGUCAUCUAUUGCCAAAACUAACAAUUGCCAAAAGAUAUAAUACCUCAUUACCAGUAAAUAAUAAUAAUAAUAAUAAUAAUGUAAACAACAAAAAAUUAACAACCUAUCCUUCAUUUCACAUUGAAUUAAUGAUUAAUAAAAGUUAA